ACACAAACCGAAAGCGUUCUGUAUUCUUACCUCUUUCUGAAUUGAAUCCCUUGUAUAGUAGAGUGAGUGAUGGCGCCAGCUGGGGCUUUACUCUGGCGUUCUCUACGAAUAUACCAAGUCUACGGCGCCAAUACCGAGGUUGGCAAAACCAUAAUCACAACAGCAUUGUGCAAUGCUACCAAGAACGUCUUCAAGGACGGCGCGACCAACUAUUUGAAGCCAGUCUCUACUGGGCCUGAAAAUGAAGCCGAUGCACGCCACAUCUCGAGGUAUGCUCCAGAAGUCAAUCAAGCGACGUUGCAUCAAUACGAUCUUGCCGUAAGCCCACAUGUCGCUGCACUCGGAAAGUCCAUUCCGUCGGAUACAGAACUGCUGAAAUCGAUUUACGCCCAUGCCUCGAAAACGGCAGCCAAAGGCGCAGGAUGGCUGUUCAUCGAGACCGCCGGAGGAGUUCACUCUCCUGGACCGUCGGGGAAGCCACAAGCAGAGCUGUAUAAAGCUUUGCGAUGUCCAGUCAUCCUAAUUGGAGACUCGAAGCUUGGCGGGAUCUCUUUGACCAUUUCGGCUUACGAGUCGCUCAAAAUCCGAGGUUAUGAUGUUGAAGCCGUUAUGCUUUUUCAAGAGGACCAGUAUAAGAACUCGGACUACUUGACUGCCUACUUUAGAGAAAACCACGAUGUCCCGGUAUACGCUGUGCCACACCCACCAUCGAGAGCUGAUGAACCAGAUUUGGAUCUCCAAGCGAUACACAAGUACUACCGCGAGUUGGGCCAGAGUCCUCUUCUAAAAUCUGCCCUCACGCAUCUGGAGGCGCAACACCAAACUCGAUUAUUAAAGCUUGGGUCCAUGUCCGCCUUGGCGCACUCCAAAAUCUGGUACCCCUUCACCCAGCAAAAACUCACCAAUCCUGAUACAAUUACGGCCAUUGACAGCGCCUGUGGUGAUCAUUUUCAGACCCUCAUUCCGACAUCGCAGCGUGAUCGAUCAGAGGACACCCAAACUGCGGCACUGCAGUCCUCAUUCGACGGCUCCGCCUCCUGGUGGACACAGGGCCUUGGCCACGCCUCAACACCUCUAACACUUGCGGCUGCGUAUGCUGCUGGCCGUUAUGGUCAUGUCAUGUUCGCAGACUGUAUCCACGCACCUGCGUUACGGCUUGCAACCGCUCUCCUAGAUGGCAUGCAGAAUCCUCGGCUAACACGUGUCUUCUAUUCCGACGACGGUAGCACUGGCGUUGAGGUCGCACUGAAAAUGGCACUACGUGCGGCGCGGAUGCGAUACGGAUGGGACAUCAGCAGAACGAAGAGACUGGGCGUGAUCGGACUGAAAGGUGGCUACCAUGGAGACACGAUUGGAGCAAUGGAUUGCGCCAAUCCAAAUGACUUCAACAAAGAGGUAGAGUGGUAUGAGGGGCGAGGUUUGUGGUUCGAUACGCCGAACAUUUUAUGCAAAGGAGGGAAAUGGACCAUUGACAUGCCAGAGGGUAUGGGCGAGUCCAAGACGUUCGAGAAACUGACAGACAUCUUUGACAUUGAAAUACGGGAAGCAAGAGGGGACCAUGAGCAUUAUGAGGGGCUCAUUGAAAAGUCACUGAUAUCUCAUCUCAAGAAAGGAAGAAAAUUCGGCGCAGUACUUAUCGAACCAGUCGUCCUUGGUGCAGGUGGUAUGAUGCUGGUGGACCCUCUUUUCCAGCGCGCCUUGGUCAAUGUCGUACGACGUUCAUCUGAGCUCUUUAGCACCCUCAGUCCCAACGACAGCCCAAAUCGUGAAACGACCUCUGGUCUGCAGGACUGGACUGGUCUACCUGUCAUCUUCGACGAGGUCUUUACAGGACUCUAUCGUCUCGGACGCUUCACAUCGUCGUCGUUUCUCAAAUUGCAUGCGGAUAUCUCAGUGCAUGCAAAACUGCUCACCGGUGGUCUCGUGCCUCUGUGUACGACACUAGCUUCAGAAAGUGUGUUUAAAGCAUUUGAGAGCGACUCAAAAGCUGAUGCGCUCCUCCAUGGACACAGCUAUACUGCACAUCCUGUAGGUUGCCAUGUUGCGGUAGAGAGCGUGGCACAGAUGGAAAAGAUGGAGCGUGAAGGCGAUUGGGACUGGGCGAAGAAAGAUGGAUGGACAAAUGGUGUAAAUGCUGCGUCAAGCAGUCACCAAGAUUUAUGGUCGAUAUGGUCCAAAGAAUUCAUCAACUGGCUGUCCCAUCAACAAUCAGUCGAGGGAGCUUGGGCCCUGGGCAGCGUGCUAGCCAUUCACAUGCGCACGUCUGAUGGUGGUGGAUAUACCAGUACUGUGGCUCAACAGCUUCGAGACCGCCUAAGGCACGAUGCCAGUGGCGGCGAAGAUGGUCCCUGCAAUGUGCACAGUCGAGUUUUGGGCAAUGUUAUCUACUUCAUGGGUAGCCAAACUUCGAAGAAGGCAGUUGUCAGGUCCAUAGAAAAGUUGAUCCAGGAAGCUCUAUGAACAUAAUGAAGCAAUUCUCGCAAACAACAAGCGCAAAAUCUCCUCCUAAUGCCUUUCGAACUCCACUGUUCAAUCUAAAGCAUGCAUAUUGGAAGACUGUUUAGUAGAAAAUUUGCUCGUUUUGAGUAGCUAACUUCAU